AUGACAGCAACGCAACAGCUGCCAGCAUCAUCGACGCAACAAACAACAGUUACAUUAGUUACAACUUCGAAUGUUUCUACGAUAAGUCCUAGUAAUAUAAAUUUACCUAUAACUACCACUACUACUGCAACAUGUGAUACAGUAAUAAAACCACAAACAAACGUAGUAGUGUCAUCGUCGUCGUCAUUGUUGUCCCAAACAUCCGCAUUAGCUAAAUUUAAUAGAAUUAUCGAUAAUACAGUGCCCGCAACAAAUUAUUACUCUAGAAACAAACAACUUACUAGUGAAUUACCACGUCCUAGUAGUAGUAACCAAAAACAACAUCAAUUCCAACAACAACAACAGGCAAAUGUAUUAAGUAAUACUAAUAAAGAAAUUAAUUCCAAAAUAACAACACCAACAAACGCAGAUAAUAAUUAUUAUACGAGUAACAAUUGGUAUAAUAAUUACUAUUCUACAACAAACGAUAAUCAAACCAAACGAAAUGAUGUGCAUUAUUUGUUGAAACAAUUAAAUAGUUUUAGUGAUAUAGAAGAAAUAGAAAUUGUUGAUUUGCAUCGUAGCAGUAAUCAUUAUCAUUCGCAAGCGCAUGUGCAACAGCAACAACAACAGUUGCAACAUCAGAAGAGAAAAUCAGUUAAAUCGUCAACAGCGACAGCAUCAUCAGUCGCAACACCGACAUCGUCAAUGUCGAACAAAUCAUCGCCAACAUCGGUAUCACACAAAAUUCGCCACUCCGAUUGGGGCGAAGGCGUCGAUGUGAGUGUAGGCGAAAUGGACGGUUACGGUGAGGCGAGUGGAGACGAUAAUACUCUCCUGCCGCAUCAGCAAUAUGAUGAUUACAUAUUUCAAUCCUGCCAUUAUUUGGAAACCAGUUGUUUUGCAACAACCAUAACCACUGCCAUCGCUGGGAGCAGUAGUCAUGAGUUUCGGCCUUCAACGUCUACCACAUCGGCGGCCUCAACGAGUUCGAACAAUAAACUCAGGAGUCCUAUAGCUGCAGCGGAAGUAGUAACGAAGCCACCGUCAUCAUCAAUAAAGAGUAGUGUCAACACUACAUCCCUUACAUCAUCGCCCAAAGCAACGGCAACAACCUAUCGCACCACAACUCGUCUAACGGGCAACGAAGUCAUACAAACACAAUUAUCUACUUCGUCGCGAUCGUCUUCUUCAUUGGCGACGAAAAAUGGCGGCGGUGCUUGCAGCGCCAGUAGCAGCAAUGGAAGCGAUGAACGUCGUGCACCAUUUUUUAAAUGUUGUUAUACGCCAAUUGAUCGAUGGCGAGAAAAACGCCAUGUUGCAGCUGCAAGCAGUAGUGGCCAAGCUGCUGCUGCUGGAAGUGGAAUUGGCGUUAGUGGAAGUGCAAGUGGAAGUGGCAGUGGCAAACGUUCUACACAUAACGGUGCCGGAAAAACUCCUACUAACCAACAACAUCCAAGAACUGGUCUUGGCGAUUCUGUUUGACAUACGACGAUAAAACAAUAACACUCUAGCGAAAGUAAUUUAAAAUUGAUUAAAAUGUUAAUAAAAAAAUUAAAUUUACAAAAAAAAACACACCACACACAGCGUCGUGUUAUGAUAAAGUAGUAUUUAUAUUUUUUUUAUAUUAUUUGUAUUUUCUUGUGUGUUCUUAAUUAAAACAAACAAACAAACAAAAAAACAGAAGCAAAAAAAAAUUAUGAAUAGGAGAGUUUUGGAAACUUGGGUACUUUUGUAAUUAAUCAAACAAUUUAUAAUAAUUAAACAUUUAUAGAAAAGAACAAUAAAUUCAACACCCACAUAUUUAAAAAAAAAAACGCAGUUCCAUAAUUUCGAAAACUAAAAAAAAAAACUCUUUAAAAUACAAAAUCAUUUCUAGAAAGAGAACCAAAAGGAGGGCUUGUUAGAAAAGAAAAUUACAAAAUUGUAUCUUGCAUACAAAUAAAAAAAAAAAAAACAAAAAAACAAAAA